AUGGGCAAGGACUGGCGCAAUCUAAUGUCGGCUCGCACCUCGAUGCUCUCGCUCGCUCGCGCCUCGGCCUCGCUGAUGGCGCGCCAGUCGUCGGUCCGCGCUGCGCGUGGUGGCGGUCCGCUUCCGUGGGGUGUUGAGUCGCAUGGCUUCCCGGGCCACGGCUCGUCGGUUCCGUUCAAGGUUGUCGGCGCGUCGAACGCCUCCAUCGCCGCCCGCGUUGCUUCCCUCAUUGCCCUCGGCAUCGGCCUUCCCAUCUACGGCGUCAUCCACUCGAACCGCAACAACUAA